UGAUACUUCCUCUGUUGGGAUGUGAACUUGUGCAGCAAGGGGGCUAAAGUCACCUCGGGGUAAAGCGUCAUCGAAGACUGAAUCAUCUCUGGUUAAAACUGGCUGCAUAAAAGCAGGCACUAGGACCUCCAAGGCACUGCCUCUGCAGCCCAGCCUCAAAGAGAAAUCAGGAAAUAAAGCGGAGAGGAGUUUCUCAGAGUGGCUGUUCUGUGAACACGGCUGCGCAGGAGGUAAAGUUCUGCUCCAUCAUUUGAACUGGGAAUUUAUUCUACAAGUUCUUGCGACUCAGGUCUGGGCUUGGCUUGGCAGUGAGCAAACCUGCAACGACUUUGGUGCCAAGGGCUUUGCAUGGGUGCUGCAGGAAGGUGACUGCUGCAUUUCAUCAGCAACAGGAUCCCAGAACAGCCCUAUAGUCACUGACGGGCCAGGCAGCAUGUCAGCAAAAUGCUGGUUGCCGGGGACACAGUGCAUCGCUAAGCACGACCACACCAAGCCCAAAGCCCACGAGCUGGCCUUCCGCAAGGGCGACAUCGUCACCAUCGUCGAGGUCUGCGAGCAGAAAGGCUGGUACCGAGCAAAACACAACGACACCGGCGAGGAGGGGCUGCUCUCAGCCAGCUUGGUGCGGGAGCGUGGGGCCAUCCGCGUGGACCCCAAACUCAGCCUGAUGCCCUGGUUCCAUGGGAAGAUCUCUGGGGUGGAGGCCGUGCAGGCCCUGCAGCCCCCUGAGGACGGGCUCUUCCUGGUGCGCGAGUCCAUCCGGCACCCCGGGGACUACGUGCUGUGUGUCAGCUUCGGCAGGGAGGUCAUCCACUACCGCGUCGUCUAUCAGGAGAACCGGCUGAGCAUCGACGCCUCCGUCAGCUUCUACAACCUCAUCGACAUGAUCGAGCACUAUAUGCAGGACCAGGGAGCCAUCUGUACCAAGCUGGGGAAGCCCAAGCCCAAGCCGGGGAUGAAGUCUGCUGAGGAAGAGCUGGCCAAGGCUGGCUGGUUACUGAACCUGCAGCACCUCACGCUGGGAGACAAGAUUGGGGAAGGGGAGUUUGGAGCCGUCCUGCAGGGAGAAUACAUGGGGCAGAAAGUGGCUGUGAAGAACAUCAAGUGCGAUGUCACCGCCCAGGCCUUUCUUGCUGAGACCGCCGCCAUGACGAAGGUCCGGCACAGAAACCUGGUGCAGCUGCUGGGUGUGAUCCUGCACAACGGCCUCUAUAUCAUCAUGGAGUUCAUGAGCAAGGGGAACCUGGUCAACUUCCUGCGGACAAGGGGCAGAUUGGCCCUGCAGGCCAAGCAGCUCAUCCAGUUCUCUCUGGAUAUCGCCCAGGGGAUGGACUAUCUGGAGUCCAAGAAGCUGGUGCACAGAGAUCUUGCUGCCCGCAACAUCCUGAUCUCAGAGGAGAACGUGGCCAAAGUGAGCGACUUUGGCUUGGUCAAGGUGGACUUGAAAGGCUCUGACGCCACCAAGCUACCAGUCAAGUGGACGGCGCCGGAAGCCCUGAAACACAAUAAAUUCUCCACCAAGUCAGACGUCUGGAGCUAUGGGAUCCUGCUCUGGGAAGUGUUCUCCUACGGCCGGGCGCCCUACUCCAAGAUGACCCUGAAGGAAGUGACGGAGAUGGUGGAGAAGGGGUACCGGAUGGAGGCACCUGAGGAAUGCCCGUCCUCCCUCUACACCCUGAUGAAGAGCUGCUGGGAGCUAGAGCCAGGGAAGCGGCCUUCCUUCAAGAAGCUCAUGGAGAAGCUGCAGAAGGAGCUGAAGCACUUAGGGAACAGUUAGCCGUGGUGGCUUCUGCUCCCGGCCAGGGGCUGGCAGGCUCCAUGCAGCCUCUGCUGGGGCAGUGUUUCUAGACUGGGCACCGCACCUGGACGAGACACACCCCGGGCAGCACAGAGCAGUUCAUGACUCACCGGCCGCCAGGGCUGGCCCCCUGCUCCGUGCUGCCUCGCCAGGCACUAACGGUGGGGAUGGGGCCGUCUCCUCCGUCUGGCUACAUGCAGUGAGGCAGCUGUGGGGCAGCGCUCCGAGGCCCUGCGCCUGCCGAGUGUUCCGAGGGGCCCUACCCUAUGGCGCUGCCCCAGCACGACUCUGAGGUGCGCAGGCAGGGCUGCGGGAGAGCCCAAGUUCUGAACCAUCCCUGGCAGUUCUGACGCGUUCAGCGUGAGUCUGCUCAGGCAGCCUCCUGGAUCACAGGCUGGUGGCCACAUCCCCCAUCCGCUAGCCACAAAUCGUAGCUCAGGGCAAGCUGCCUGGGGCUGGUGCUGGAGUGCGCACCCGUGACACUGCGGGGCGUCGUGCCUCCACCCUGCGCUAAGCGCUGCGGGCAGCGCACCGGGCCCAGUGCCAGUCUGCCACACUCAGCGGUUGUUCAGCGUUGCCGGGACGUCCCUGGGGGGCAGGGCUUGUGCUGGUGCCAUGGC